UUGUCACGUGGGGUCACAUUGUACGUUGAUAUAAGCCGCCGCAUCAUCAUCGGAGUAGCUGGUUAUCGGGGUCAGGGAGUAAUAACACACCAUCAACAAAGGUUCUCCACAUCACAGACAUGGCGGAGACACCAGCGGCCCACGGCCCCACCUGGGAAAUAGUCCGGUAUCUGCAUCCCAGCCUGCUUCAGCUCAACUACCAGCUCACCUGUACAAAACUAGGUCUCGUCGCCGGCAGCUUCUUCUUCUUCUUCGGAACGUACGUGACGUCCGCAAUAGUUGCGUCCUUCACCUCGACGUACAAAUCGCUACGUAUAAAAGAAAAGGUAUUCUGGAAUUUGGCUGUCGUCAGAGCCGUGUUCGGAGUCUUUGGCGCCAUCAUUGGACUUUGGGCCAUCUUCAACAAAUCUGCAAUGGAUAACGACGUUGUAUUCGGAACAACGCAGACCAGCUAUUUCGCGCUGUGUGUAACUGAAGGAUUCUUCAUUUUCGAGUGUUCUGCGCUCGCUGUUUCAGAUGUCAUCUUCAAUUCCUUCAGCCUCCUGCUCAACCUCCAUCACUGGUUGUCGCUGACUGGGUAUUUCGUGGUCCUCUGCGUGGACGCGGGGCACUGUUUCGCCACCAAGGGACUUCUGUUGGAAAUGAGCACCCCUUUCUCGGCCCUCUGUUGGACGUUGUUGAAGAGCGGGAGGGAGCGCACGUUCCUGUGGAAGGCCAAUCAGUUUCUGCUGGUCCAUACCUUUCACUGCAGGAACAUCGUGGAAUGGCUGUUAGUGUAUAUAUCGUACCAGAACUGGACUCACAUCUGGUCUAGCAUGCCCCUGUCAGUGUUCUUGUGUCUUUAUAUACAGCUACCUCUCGUCACGCUGGUCAUGACGCCCUACUGGACAUACAAGAAGACGGAACAAAUGUUCAACCCAGUAGAUUGGAAUUUUAGCAGAAACAACAAAGCCUCCGAACCUACCACGCGCUCCGAAAUUAACAAAGACCCCGAGACGAACGGAACGCUGACGGAACAAAUGUUCAACCCAGUAGAUUGGAAUUUUAGCAGAAACAACAAAGCCUCCGAACCUACCACGCGCUCCGAAAUUAACAAAGACCCCGAGACGUACGGAACUGCAAAGAAAAUCGAUUGAACUUAUUGAACUAAUGUUGACUUAAACGAGGCAUCUCGCUCGGAAAAUAUCGUAAUCUGAGCAAAUUUAAACAUCACGUAAGUCGUCUGCUCCGUUUCCAUUGUCCGGCUUCUACAGGUAGUCCUCAACUCUUUAGGGCACCGCAGUAGGUUAAUUGUGGAAAAUGUCGACAGAUGGGCCCCCACAUCAACACAUUGUAACUUUUAUUAAUUAGUCAAUAUUUAUCUUGUACAUGCUGUUAGUAUUUAGUGAAACUGACACGACAUUUGUUUUAACUUAAAUAUCCUUUUUUAUACAUACUCAUACGUGUAUAUUUUGUUCUUAAAAAUGUACUAUAACGUGCAAUAUAUUUAUGAUACCAUA